CGUUCUCGCUUGGACCGGGAGCAUUGGGUUUAACCAAGAAAUUGACUCUUUGGAUCCGUCGACAAUGGAACAAUGGAAGGAGAUGGCGCAGCCACGUGACACCGCCACGGGUCCGAUCACUUGGAGCCGGGCCUCUGUCUUCAUCAUUCAAGCACUCAGGGUCCUAUGCGAGCAACCGUUCUUCCGAUUUUUGGAAUCGCGGUUUCAGUUUUGGGAUCACCUUCCAGACCUUGCGUCUACCUCCUAGAUAGCCCCAUUCAGAGUCGGCCGAGAUGUUUGCGGCUCUCCUCUCCGCCGGCCCUGUCUUCAGGGGCUCUACGGGGCGGCACGUAUGGGCAGAUCGAACCUGGACUCAAACAAUCGCGCGAGAGUCGUCAAAAAAUGUUUCCAGGGUGAAGGUGAACACGAUUCACUCAUCUGCGGUUUGGCAUAUAAACACGGCAUGAGAGAC